ACGCAGCGAGAAGACACGUCACUUCAAGAAGCAUCAUGGCCGACGGUGAUAAAAAGAAAGCAGCUCUGCCGUUUGGGGCAGACGAAAAACCUAUCAAGGUGGACAAGUGGGACGGCAGUGCAGUUAAGAACGCCUUGGAUGAUGUGGCCAAGAAGAUCCUGACAGACAAGGAUUGUGGGUACGGCUACGUGGAGAAUUUCGUGCUGAUGGACACGCGACUUCUCAUCUGCACGGUGUCGGUGAUGUUUGCGCUGGCCGCCCUGGUGUACGAUUAUCUGCGACCAUUCCCGGACUCGCGACCUGUCCUGAUAUUGUGUGUCAUUUCCUACUUUGUGCUGAUGGGUGUUCUGACUGUCUACACGACAUUCAAGGAGAAGAAUGUGAUCCUGGUGGCCCAUCAGAAGGACCAGGCAGGGGUGGACCCAGACAACAUCUGGACAGUCAGCUCCUCUCUCAGGAGGUUUGAUGACAUGUACACGCUACACAUAUCCUACCACGACGGCCAGACCAACCAAUCACGAGAGGCGUCCGUGGUGAAGUCUGUGGCCUCGUGGUUCGAUGAGGAGGGCACGCUACUCAUGGACCUGUUCACACAGGAAGUCAAGUCCAUACACAGCAGUCUACUUACUGAGAAAAAGGAGAAGUAAUCAUGUACAUCUACAAGAAAGUCAUUAUGUACUUGUUUUAGUGCAGGGCUCGAAAUACUGGGUGCAUGUGCACCCAAAUUUGCAGCUGUGCACCCA